GGAAAAGAGAGAAGGAGAAGGAAGGAACGCCAAGAAGGAAAUAAGGAGGGAAGGAGGGAGGGAGAGAAAGAGAGAAAGAGAAGGAAAGAGGGAACGCCGAGAGGGAAAGAAGGAGAAGGAGAAGCGGAGGCAAGGCAAGGCGCUUCGCCGCUUUCUCUGGCCGCCUCCUCCUCCGCCGCCGCCGCGCUGUCCUUGGGAAGCCGAGCUACUUCCAGCGGAAUGAAUGAAAGAAGGAAUGAAUGAAUGAAAAAGACUCCGCCUAAGAGGCCGGAGUCAGGCUCCUUUGGCCCCAGUCUUGGGAACCUGUCCCUCCGCUGAACCCCGACGCUGUCCGCCUUGCAUUCCUCCGAAAACGCCUCUCGCUCGGCUGAAGGUGGGUGAGUGGCUGACUAUUCCUCCUCUCCCAGAGAAUAAAUAAACCUGCCUCUUUAUAUUUUUACACACACACACACACACACACACACACACACACACGUAUAUAUGACCUCUUGCUGGGUCGCGACGAAGAAGACGUCCUUCCCUUUGGGGCGAUCCAAAGAGUUGGGCUGUCACCCAAAAUUGGGGAAGGCAGGAAAGAACGGAUGUGUGGGUGGGGAUGGAAGGGAGCAUAGGGGGAGGCGGAAAGGUGGGGCCCACUACACCCCCCCCAUACACUCCAGCGCUGUCCCUCCUCGGCCUCCCUGGGCUGGUUUGGGCUUGGAGGGCAGCCCCUGUCGGCCUCCCCCUCCGACGGCGACCCCUUCCUCCUACUCAACCCCCCUUCCUCCCACUACCUCUAUAGACACCCCACCCUCUCCUCCCCUGCCCAGUUCUCUACUUGGACCACCUCCCCUCCUGCCCCACUGGGCAUAUAGCCUUCCCUUUGCAGCCUCUUCCUGCCCUCCAACUCUUUCUCUCUUGAACCCCAUCCCAGUUCCCUCCCUAACCCCGGUUUGUUCCUACCCCGCUACCUUAACUUCUCCACCCCACUUCCUCGGUUAUAAUGAUCCUGAUCUCUUCCUGAACCCAUUCCCAAUGCCCCCCUCCCCCCCCCCCCCCCCGUUAGGUUUCCUCCCGGGCUUUCCACUUUACCUCCCUUCACCCCAUUUCCUCUGCCAUCCUGAUCUCUUUCUGCUCUCCAACUCUUGAGCCCCUUCCCAACCUCCUCCUUGCCACUCCACCCCGCUUCCCUCUUUUAACUCCCCCCCAUCCCGGUCCUGAUCCUGACCCACUGGGGCUGGGAGGGUGAAAAGGGCAUGCAUGGGAAGGGGACCUCAUGGAUGAAGUGUUUGUGUGGGGGAUUCUGGCAUCCCGUCUGAGCGUGUCCUUGUCCUCCUUGUCCUCCUUGUGGCGCCGUGCCCCUUGCAGCCAUGCCCUGCGUCCAGGCUCAGUUCGGGUCCUCGCCGCAGGGGGCCAGUCCGGCCACGCAGAGCUACGCCUACCAUCACUCGGCGGCGGCGGCGGCAGCGGCAGCAGCGGCGGCGGCGGCGGCGGCCGGGGAAUACUCGUCGGGGGACUUCCUGACGCCCGAGUUCGUCAAGUUCAGCAUGGACCUCACCAACACCGAGAUCACGGCCACCACUUCUCUCCCCAGCUUCAGCACCUUCAUGGACAACUACGGCGCCGCCGCUGCCGCAGCCGCCGCCGGCUACGACGUCAAGCCGCCCUGCCUCUACCAAAUGCCCGCCCAGCCCCCGUCCGCGCCCGCCAUCAAGGUGGAAGAGCUCCCCAUCCACGGACACGGAUACCCGCCGCCUCCGCCCCCUCCGCCGCCUCCUCCGCCGCCUCCACCGCCUCCUCCACAGCAGCCCCCCGGCGGGGCUCCGGGGCCAGCCAGCGAGGACCUGGCCGUCUACUACAAGCCCUGCUCCUCGCCUCCUCCGCCUCCUCCUCCUCCUCCGCCUCCUCCUCCGCCAGCCUCGGGUUUCGGGCCGGGCCAGAGCGUGUGGGACGAGGCGGGCCCUCUGCACGGCUUCCAUCACCACCACCACCACCACCACCCCCAUCAUCCCCACCACCCCCAGGGCUAUGGGUCCGGCGGAGGAGGAGGAGGAGGAGGCGGGGUAGUGCCCAAGAGCGGCCCGACGGCGGUGCCUCGCCUCUCGCUCUUCUCAUUCAAGCAGUCUCCGCCGGGGACGCCCGUGGGCAGCUGCCAGAUGCGCUUCGAGGGCCCCCUGCACGCCCUGCCCCUCAACGGGGAGCCCUCGCCCCACGGCGGGCCCCACCACCACCACCAUCACCACCACCACCAUCACCACGACGGACAGGGCCCCGCCUUCGCCCUGCCCAGCCCCAUCCGAAAGCAGGCCGCCGCCGCCGUGGGCUUCCCGGGGCUCCAGCUGGGCCACCCUUCGCAGCUGCUGGACGCCCAGGUGCCCUCGCCGCCCUCCCGGGGCUCGCCCUCCAACGAGGGGCUCUGCGCUGUCUGCGGGGACAACGCCGCCUGCCAGCAUUACGGAGUCCGCACCUGCGAGGGCUGCAAGGGCUUCUUCAAGCGCACCGUCCAGAAAAACGCCAAGUACGUUUGCCUGGCGAACAAAAAUUGUCCCGUGGACAAACGCCGUCGGAACCGGUGCCAAUACUGCCGCUUCCAGAAGUGCCUGGCCGUCGGCAUGGUCAAAGAAGUGGUGCGCACCGACAGUUUAAAAGGCCGGAGGGGUCGCCUGCCUUCGAAACCGAAGAGCCCCCAGGAGCCCUCCCCGCCGUCGCCCCCGGUGAGUCUGAUCAGUGCCCUGGUGAGAGCUCAUGUCGACUCCAACCCGGCUAUGACCAGCCUGGACUACUCCAGGUUCCAGGCCAACCCGGACUUCCAGCUGAGCGGCGACGACACCCAGCACAUCCAGCAGUUCUACGACCUCUUGACGGGAUCCAUGGAGAUCAUCCGGGGCUGGGCCGAGAAGAUCCCAGGCUUCACCGACCUCCCCAAGCAGGACCAGGACCUCCUCUUUGAAUCCGCCUUCCUGGAGCUCUUCGUCCUGCGGCUGGCCUACAGGUCCAACCCGGUGGAAGGCAAGCUGAUCUUCUGCAAUGGGGUGGUCCUUCACCGGCUCCAGUGCGUCCGGGGCUUCGGCGAAUGGAUCGACUCCAUCGUGGAGUUCUCCUCCAACCUCCAGAACAUGAACGUGGACAUCUCCGCCUUCUCCUGCAUCGCAGCCCUGGCCAUGGUGACAGAGAGGCACGGCCUGAAGGAGCCCAAGCGGGUGGAGGAGCUCCAGACCAAGAUCGUCAAUUGCCUCAAGGACCACGUGACGUUCAACAACGGGGGCCUGAACCGGCCCAAUUACUUGUCCAAACUCCUGGGCAAACUCCCGGAACUGCGCACCCUCUGCACGCAAGGCCUCCAGCGCAUCUUCUACCUGAAGCUGGAGGACUUGGUCCCGCCGCCAGCAAUAAUCGACAAGCUCUUCUUGGACACUUUGCCUUUUUAGAGAAAGAGAGAGAGAAAGCAGAGAGAGAGAGAGAGAGAGAGGGGAAAGGAGAAAAAGAAAGGGAGAGAGAGACUCUGCGGCUGUGCUUUCAAAUAAGUGAAGGACUUCCAAAGCCUCCAAAGGGGGAGAGGAAGCGAAGCCAGAGGCCCGUAAAGAAAGCGAAAGCACUCCUGGCCAGUUAGGAGCACCUUUGGGUGCCCCUUCCUCCAAACUGUGGUUGGCUUCUCCUGCACAACAGGGACUGGGCCCUUUUGGGGGACACUGGGGGCCCUCCUGGGUUCCUUGGACUCUACACACAUGGUACCCACGCUUUUUUAUUCUUAAUAAUAAUAAUAUUAUUAUCGCCUAGACAGAAAAACAGACAAACAAUAACCCUUCACUCGCCCCCCCCCCCAAACAAAAAACUUCAGAGUUUAUUGCUGAUCGAUGAUGCUGAUGAUGGUAAACAAGGACUUUGGAGACCGAAAGCUGAGCCAGGCUCAGUCUUGGCGGACUGCUGAAGGCAAGAGCUUUUAAGGUGAACCGUCGCUCCUUUUCCUCCCCCGGCCCCGGUUUAUUAAGGACUUUAAAGCCUUUUCUGCUUCUGUAAAAGAAAGUUGUAAUAUAAAGACUCCAGAAGAGUUGAGGGUGGGGGGAUUGGGAGGGCGAGGGGGGCGGCAUGGAUCGACGGAAGGCAAAGGAUUGUACAUUUCUCAGACGCCAGGUUGGGUUUUUUUCUUCCUUAGACGAACACACGAAAACUAUUCUGUGCCUAUUUAUGAAUAUAUUUAAACCGAUUCUAAUUUCUUUUUUUAUAAAGAGAUUGUGCGACAGAGAGAGAGAAAGAGAGAGGGAAAGAAAGGGAAAAAAUAUCAGGAAAGGAGAUCAACGAGGUCUGAACCAGAGCCCUCCUCCCCCCACAAAAAAAGUUGUCCCGGUUCCAAACCGGUUCCAGAGAAAGCGCGACGAUCCCGUUAUAGGCCCUAGCUCUUUCAGCGAAAGGGCCUAUAUUCUAUAAAUAGUUAUUUCAGACACUAUGUAGUCUGCUAGGUUUUAUAAAAGAUUGGUAGUACUCUGAGAAGCCUCGGACGUUUUUCUCCAUUGUAAAAUAGGUGGGCGCACACACACACACACACACACAUCUGUUGACAACACGCGAAGACGAACCCCCCAAAAAACAACAACAGCAGCAGCAAUCCCCCACAUACUCCUCCCAUCGGAAAUCUUUCGCAAAAGGGACCCCGUUCCCGUGUUUGUAAACACCCCUCCGUCCGGCAAUUCCUUGUUUGUAAGUGUCGUCUGUAUUGUUGAUGCUGAUUAAAAGGAAACCAGUUGACGAUCA